GAUGGACGAUUUUUUAUUGGAGUAUCAAUAUUAAUCAGAAUCUCCCCUAUUCUAGUUUUUGUAUUAAAGAAAAAAAGAAAAUAAAGAAUUCACCAUUGAAGAACAAUAGUAUUUCAAUCAUUUCAAAUACACUUUCCUUCUUGAGGCAGGCACAGCGUUUGUGCUAAUGCCUUCAACGUUUAUGGCUUAUAAGUAAUGAUUAAUAUCAAAAAGUAAAGGCUGAUGCAAGAAUUCAAAUCUAGUAAGGGAGCAUCAUUAAAAUUCUAACGAUAUUGCUAAUUAACUGGGAUAUUCGGAAUUCCAGGAGUGGCUAUUUACGGAUACUCCCUCUAUAGAAGAUUUCUCAUGAAGGCACCGUAUCAAAAAGAAUUGGAGGAUAAGUAUUUGAAUGAAUUAAAGCCAAAAUUAAAAAUUAUUGAUAGUUCAAAAAAGCAAUGA